AUGCUCGUCGACUACGGCUCAGACAGUGAUGACGCGGGAUCUCCGCCACCCGCGCCCACCCCUGCGCCUGCUCCGAAGAAGAAGGCCCCGAAGAAGAUUAUUGCCAUUGAACCUUCCAAGAAAGACUUGCCCGACCCAGAGGAGGAGCGGCCGGCGAAACGCGCGCGGAUAGACAACGGCAAGGGCGCGGGCACCUCGUCGUUAUUCUCGAUGCUGCCCGCGCCCAAGGUCGCGAAUCCGGUGAAGGCGCCGAAGCAGGAGGAGCGGGUGUUGGGUGGAGGAGGAAAGCCGGGUCUCGUGUUCAACACCGCGCGGAGUGCGCCCUCGGUUGUGGCCCCAGCGCCAGUUGAGGCUGCCGACGAAGAUGAUGAAGCUGAGGAGAGUGGCACGUCAGUUGUUGAGAAGAAGGCGGAGAAACCGGCCGCGGCAUCUGGGUUGUUCAUGCCUACGAAUGUACGAAGAGGCAAGGCGAACGUCUCGCUCGAUGAGUUCACUGUCCGGCAAGCACCGAAACCCGCCUCUACGGCCAAACCGGCACCAUCUGCAGCACCGGCUGUUGACUUCUUUGGCCUCGAUGCAUCUACAUCCUCUGCUGCCACAUCUCGCCUCCCUUCACUUCCUAAAGUGUCCUCCGCGCCGAAAGUGGAAGAAUACGUCCCGCCAGAACCGCAGCCUACGGACCCCUACCCAGGCUACUACCAGCUCCCCUCGGGUGAAUGGGCCGCCUACGAAACGGCCUACUACUCCGCAUUCCUCAAACGCUGGCAAGCCGAGUAUGACGCGCACGUGCGAGACCUGGAGAAGAACCCCAUGAAGGGCUUUGAGGGCUACGACGAGAGUGCAGCAGAGGUCAACGCAGCGGCGGAGAUGGAGCGUGCGAGAGAGGAGAUAAAGGAGCGCGAGGACAGGAAAGCGUUGACAAUGGGCGACGUAACGGGUGCAGAGCCCAAGAAGCCGAAUAUGAACAUUGGAGGCGCGAAGUUGGGCAAGGGAGCGAGGACGAGGCAUCAGCUCACGACACUGCUCGCGGACGCGUAUUCCAACCGCGAGGCACUGGAGGCGAAGAUUGCGGAGGGGAAACGCAACAGGAAGGAGGCGGGCAACAAGUACGGCUUUUGA